AUGACAACACUCGACUUUCCCCGGGCGCUACACGCCACAGAGUAUCUCCGUACCCUGAGCGAAAUCGUACACCGGCAAGGAGUCCGCAAAUCGUUCGAGAGGAAAGCACCCCACGAAGAUUCAGAUCUACACCUCGUCACAGCACUCCACUUGCACAAACUCCUCGUGUUCCAGUUCCAACCGAAGCUGAGCCGUCCCGUGUCAUGA